UGCUCUUCGCAAUAGAAAACCCCGAUUCUGUGCACGGAUUUCACCUGAAGCACUUCUGAGAUAUCCAGGCCCUGGCCAGUACGACAGAUAGUGAAUUCGCAAAGUCACAUUUGUAACGUUUCUCACGAUGGCGUACCACCUGACACCACUUGAAGAUCUCACAGCCAAACAACUUGAAGUUAUCGCUGAACAAAGGAACAGGAACGGUUUUCACGCUUACUACACUGGCGGCUUCGACGCCAGCAAGAAGUUCUUCCAGGUCACCUGCCCCAGCUACAUGAGGACCGGGUGCAUCUUCAUGACAGUCUUCGAGUAUCCAGCUCCGAGCGGCCUGAAGGGUGGACCUGACGAGGACUACCCGAUUUCCCUUGGCACGUUUAACGACCACGAAGGUACCUUUGUGAAACUGAUCUUUCGCGGAACAGACGAACUGAAAGUGGAGCAACGCCGCAACGGAAAUACAAUGAAUAUUGACACUUGGAAAGAGAGGACUACAAAAGGCUUACAUGUUCUCCAUUUCGUGAAAAAAGAGGACCAAUUGGAGAUGUUGAUUGAUGGUUACUCACCUAUUUAUCGCAAAAUCUUGGUCGGAUCCGAUAUCGAGUCUCAUGUGGUGCUGGGCAGCCACCGAAAUCUAAUGCUAGCCCCAUUCGUAUUCUACGAGUCGCACUACACCUUGGAUGAUGUGGCACCGGCGAUCAAGAUUCCUGCAUUCUACAACCCAAGCGCAAACUUCUUUUUUCCUCACGUGAACGUUCAGGUCGCCGCGGGAGGCUACGUACUUUGGUAUGGAGCGUGGCUUCCGGGGACAGAUGUCGCAGCACUAGGCCGUAAUGGAACGCCCUUAGCUGGUGCAGUGCAGAGUCCUCAGGUGGGCGAGUUCAAGUUGCUGCUCAAGUUCUACAAGGACGGCUGUACCUUGACGAACGCCGACGACACAAGCAAUGUACCAACACUGUCGCGUUCCUUCAAAAGCAUCAAGAUGGAUGAACUAUUCGUCAGGCCUAACCCGGUGUCCUUCUACGAGUUUAAAGCCGUGACGGGGUAUAUAAAUUACUAGCAGCUUACUUCUCGGAGAACCGCAAUGGAACCAGACAGCAGCGGCUCGCCGAAUCAAGAUGUUCCGUUGUUUCAAUGACGACAUGACCUGUGCUCUCUCGUCUUUUUGAGCACUCAAUCUUACAAACAAUUUCACCGCUAGUUUGCACAAACAAUUGCUUGCGUUUUCUCCUGCUUUUAUUAGUGCACCAAACACUUCGGGAAUAUUACAAUGUCUUCAAUAAAAAUAAUUAUCAUGA